GCCCGGGCUGGCGGCGGGCGGCGAAGAUGGCGGAGCCGAGUGGCGGCGGCGGUGGCGGCGGCCCCGGCCCCGGGCCUGGCGGGGACGGGCAGGCAGGGCCCGGCGGGGCGCUCAUCCGCGUCACCGUGAAGACCCCCAAGGACAAGGAGGAGAUCGUCAUCGCGGACGGCGCCUCCGUGCGCGAGUUCAAAGAAGAGAUUUCUAGACGGUUUAAAGCCAAACAAGAUCAGCUGGUUCUGAUCUUUGCUGGGAAGAUCCUGAAGGAUGGAGACACGUUGAAUCAACAUGGGAUCAAAGAUGGGCUCACUGUUCACUUGGUCAUUAAGACUCCGCAGAAGGUCCAAGAUUCAGCAUCUGCUACUUCUGCCCCCAAUGCUGCUUCUGCCCCCACUGCAACCCCUUCUUCUCCUGCUGCCCCAUCUCAGCCCUCUACAUCCAGCAGUGCUGGUCCGGACGCAGGGAGCGGCAGCAGAAGGAGCAGUGGGUCGGGGACCGUGGGGGGUCCUGGAGAUGGAGGUCCCAACAGUGCUGCAUCUAUCCUGUCUGGCUUCGGUGGCAUCACUGGGCUUGGCAACCUUGGGAUGGGCUCUGCCAACUUCAUGGAGCUCCAGCAGCAGAUGCAGCGGCAGCUGAUGUCCAACCCAGAGAUGCUUUCCCAGAUCAUGGAGAAUCCCUUGGUGCAGAACAUGAUGUCUAACCCUGACCUCAUGAGGCAGAUGAUCAUGGCCAAUCCCCAGAUGCAGCAGCUCAUGGAGCGAAAUCCAGAGAUAAGCCACAUGCUCAAUAACCCAGAGCUCAUGAGGCAGACGAUGGAGUUGGCUCGUAACCCUGCCAUGAUGCAGGAGAUGAUGCGGAACCAGGACCGUGCUUUGAGUAACCUCGAGAGCAUUCCAGGAGGAUACAACGCCCUGCGGCGGAUGUACACGGACAUCCAGGAGCCCAUGUUCAGUGCAGCCAGGGAGCAGUUUGGCAACAAUCCUUUCUCUUCCUUGACGGGGAAUUCUGACAGCUCGAGCUCUCAGCCUUUGCGGACGGAGAACAGAGAGCCAUUGCCAAACCCCUGGAGCCCCACACCCCCUGCUUCCCAGAGUCAGGCACCCAGCAGUGAAGGGAGCACGGGCUCGGCAACCACCCAGGGCACCCCGACUGUAUCCAACCCCUUUGGGCUGAAUGCUGCCAGCAUCGGCGCUGGCAUGUUCAACAGCCCAGAGAUGCAAGGACUCCUGCAGCAGAUUUCUGAAAACCCUCAGUUGAUGCAGAAUAUGAUCUCUGCCCCCUACAUGCGGAGCAUGAUGCAAACUCUUGCCCAGAACCCGGACUUCGCAGCACAGAUCAUGGUAAAUGUCCCCCUCUUUGCUGGGAAUCCACAGCUUCAAGAACAGCUCCGCCUUCAGCUCCCUGUCUUCUUGCAGCAGAUGCAGAACCCGGACUCCCUGUCCAUCCUCACCAACCCCCGCGCCAUGCAGGCCCUGCUCCAGAUCCAGCAGGGACUCCAGAUGCUGCAGACAGAGGCCCCCGGACUAGUGCCAAGCCUCGGCUCCUUCGGCAUGCCCCGGAUGCCCCCGUCCUCCACAGGAGGAAGCACAAUCCCGGAGAACCCCGUUCCCUCCGCUUCGACACCGGCCAGUGCCUCUCCAGCUGGGGGUGGUAACCCUCAACAGCAGCUCAUGCAGCAGAUGAUCCAGCUGCUGGCCGGAGGAAGCUCUCAAGCGCAGAGUCCCGAAGUGCGAUUCCAACAGCAGCUGGAGCAGCUGAAUGCCAUGGGCUUCAUCAACCGUGAGGCCAAUCUGCAGGCGCUCAUCGCCACCGGUGGGGACAUCAACGCAGCUAUUGAGAGACUGCUGGGCUCCCAGCCUUCCUAAACUCUGUCCUGCUGCCCCACAGACGUCAGCACAUGCAUCCAUACACAUGCACAGGGGAUCUUUCCGGAAAGCCCGCCAUCAUUUUCAUAUCUGACAGCUGUCCAUGUACAGUAAUUUCACGAUUAUAAGCCGCACCAUUUUGACUAAAGUUUUGGUCCGUACCCGGAAGUGCGGCUU